AUGUCUUUGAAUCAGACGCAGUGCAAGCAGGAAAUCACCCUCCCACCUGGCCUGAGCAAAACGAUUCCAAAGCAAAGCCAAGAGCCAGUUCCAUGCCCUGAGCAGGUCCCAUGUCCACAGCAGCAACCUGAAGUCCAAGUCCCAGACCCAACCCCAGUAGUUGUGGUACAGUGCCCAGAGAAAACAGAGCCAUUGCAAGCACCCGUGGUGGAACCAGGCAAGGGAGAAGCACCAGUGGUCGUAAUACCUGAGUGUCCACCCCAGGAACAGCAGCAGCAGCAGCAAAUCAAGCUACCACCAACUUUCCCUCCUGUAUCACACCCUGAGCCUAUUUCAUGCUCCCAGGAGAAAUCAGAAUGCAAAGAGAUUCCAGAGCCCACCCUUGUUAUCUGCCCUGAACCUGCACCAUGUCCCCAGGAGAAGCAAGAAUGCAAAGAGAUCCCCGUGCCAGUCCCUGUUCCAAGCCCUGACCCUGCACCAUGUCCCCAGGAGAAGCAGGAGUGCAAGGAGAUCCCUGUGCCAAUCCCCGUUCAAUGCCCUGAACCUGCACCAUGUCCCCAAGAGAAGCAGGAAUGCAAGGAGGUCCCUGUGCCUGUCCCUGACCCUGCACCAUGUCCCCAGGAGAAGCAGGAGUGCAAGGAGAUCCCAAAGCCUGUCCCUGUUCAAUGCUCUGACCCUGAACCAUGUCCUCAGGUGAAGCAGGAGUGCAAAGAGAUCCCAGUGCCCACCCCAUGUCCCCAGGAGGAGCAGGAGUGCAAGGAUAUCCCGGUGCCUGUCCCUGUUCAAUGCUCUGACCCUGAACCAUGUGCCCAGAAGCAGGAGUGCAAGGAGAUCCCGGUGCCGACCCCUGAGCCGGAGCAGUGCUCCCUUCCCGAGAAGCAUCCUCCCAUCGAGCAGCAGCAGGUGAAGCAGCCCAACCAGUGGCCACUGAUGCAGAAGUAA